AAAACAUUGAAGGAAUGGUUGGAAACACACCUCAUUCCUCAACAGAACAACCCAAACAAAUGAAAUGUUCCCUUCCACAAAGGAAUGAAGAAACUGAAACUGAUACUGAAAAAACCAUUGAAGGAAUGGUUGGAAACACACCUCAUUCCUCAACAGAACAACCCAAACAAAUGAAAUGUUCCCUUCCACAAAGGAAUGAAGAAACUGAAACUGAUACUGAAAAAACCAUUGAAGGAAUGGUUGGAAACACACCUCAUUCCUCAACAGAACAACCCAAACAAAUGAAAUGUUCCCUUCCACAAAGGAAUGAAGAAACUGAAACUGAUACUGAAAAAACCAUUGAAGGAAUGGUUGGAAACACACCUCAUUCCUCAACAGAACAACCCAAACAAAUGAAAUGUUCCCUUCCACAAAGGAAUGAAGAAACUGAAACUGAUACUGAAAAAACCAUUGAAGGAAUGGUUGGAAACACACCUCAUUCCUCAACAGCACAACCCAAACAAAUGAAAUGUUCCCUUCCACAAAGGAAUGAAGAAACUGAAACUGAUACUGAAAAAACCAUUGAAGGAAUGGUUGGAAACACACCUCAUUCCUCAACAGCACAACCCAAACAAAUGAAAUGUUCCCUUCCACAAAGGAAUGAAGAAACUGAAGAAACUGAAACUGAUACUGAAGAAACCAUUGAAGGAAUGGUUGGAAAUACACCUCAUUCGUCAACAGCACAACCCAAACAAAUGAAAUGUUCCCUACCACAAAGGCCCUCUGUUGAAGCUGUUGAUGUACCUAAAUACCAGAAUGUUUGUAUAUAUUGUAAUCAGGUCACAAAAAACAAAACAUAUGAAAAUCCCGAAUUUCUGAAGAGAAGAAAGCUACCAAGUUUCUUGUACAAACCCAACACUUACAGGAUGAAGUGUAUACCAGCACCUGUCACCUCACUGAUGUGAAAGGAGUGAUUGAAGCUGAUCUCUUAUACCAUAACUAUUGUUACAAACAAUACAGCCAUAAAUACCAGAAAAGUACUGAUUCAAAUUCUCUUCAUGAUAAAUCAAAUAUGUAUGAUGUAUUUAAUGAUGUCAUCAAUGAAAUUCAACAAGACUUGAAUACAGGAAAAGCCUUCUCUGUAUUAAAGAUUUGCAAAGAGAUCGGUGACCGCCUUCGACGUAGCCCUGUUCAAGGGCAACUUGUCACCAAAUAUUUGCGUAAGCGAUUUGGUGAAGAUGUCACAUUUAUAAAGCACAGCAAGAGGCAGUCUCAGGAUUUUCUUCUGGCAAGCAAGAUAGAUGCUGUAAAAUUGGUAAUUAAUCAUUUAUAAUUUAAAAGUACUUAUUCAGUGUGUCAAAUAAGUCCCGUCCCCCCUCUACAGCCAUGACCUUAAUAGAUGGUACCUAGUGUGAUAUACCAUUGGAAAGAUCAUCCAAAGUUACGUUAACUCAC